AUGGGAAAGUCUGAGCGACCGACCUGCGGCCUGGAGUGCCUUGAGGAGGCUCUGCGCUCUUUGGGCGAAGUUCCUGCGUGGAAGCAUCUGCCGAACACGCAGCAGCAACAUCAGUGCAGAGGCUGGAAAGCUUCCGUGAGCCAUUAUUCCGGCAAGGGCACCAUCCUUGUACAGGGUGCGGACGCUGCACUGGUGGAGGAGAAGCUGAAAACUGCGAUUGAGGUUGCCUCGCGGCACCCGGGAACGACUGCAAUGCUGCAGGCUUCCUUGGAGCGGCAGAUUCCUACGCCGCAGGUGGGCGAUUCCCAGAUGCUGCGCGCAAGAGAGCUUGUGAAGCCUGGUGCGCCAUCAAUGGAAGGUGAGUCAUGGUAUCUCUACUUGGAUGGAGCGUGCCCAAACAACCGAAACGUCCACGAUGUGGCACAUUCCGCUGGAUGGGGCGUGGCAGUUUUCGAGCAUUCGCCCGCUGGUGGCAGGAGCGAGGCCUUCCGCCUCUUCGGGCCCGUUGAGGUCGACCGCAGCUCGGCUUUCUUCCUGGGCGCAGAGGUGUGCUCCAACAACACAGCAGAGCUGACUGCCUUCGGCGAGGCCCUUUUGUGGCUUCGUGACGAAGCACCGGGGCCCAAAGAUAGGCCGGCGGUGCUCUGCUACGACUCGCAGUAUGCAAAGAAGGCGAUGACAGGCGAAAAUCGAGCACACAGGAAUGUGGACCUGGUGGCAUCGGUUCAACGUCUUUGGCAGGAGGUGUCUACCAGAAGACGACUGCAACUAAGUUGGAUCAAGGGCCAUGCUGGCGACUUUGGCAAUGAAUUGGCCGACAAGCUGGCCAAUGAGGGGGCCGAAGGACGAGUUGGUGCUGCUUCCAAGCGAUGGUCCCGACGUGCAGCAGGAGCCUGCUGGACGGGAGGGCCAGAAGCCAAGCGUGCAAGAUGCGGGGCUUCUGCAGACCUCUCCCAUGCCGUCUCCGUCGGCUCCUGUAUGGCUUCCACGAGCCAAGCGACAGGAAGCGACUCAGAUCAGCCUGGAGGGCGCAGAGGGCCCAUCGGAGCCGGAGGCGGACUGCUUCUCUUCGGCCCGAAGAAGGGCCAAUCUUUGCACCAAGUCAGCUGCGAUCCAAAAGCAGCCGCUCAGGCCAUUGAUGCCUUGCAAAACUUUUUGGUCACAGCGGGCCUUUGGCAGGCAUUUGAGUGCUCCAAAUUCAAUCCUUCCGCGCGGCAAGAUGGCAACGCUGUCCAUGCGGUGACUUUAGCUGCAGCAGUGGCCGAGCGGGUGCCAGCCUUGGAUAUGAGCGGAGGGUGGCCGUGGGGCGUCUGGUCUGGCACCAUGGCUUCGCCUGGCUCUACAUCGCGCAGCUAUCCUUUCUCUGCACGUGACCCGCAGCAAGAGCAGCGUGCACUUGCCCUGGCUCUUGCGGUGAUUGUCCACCUGGCAGUGGAGCCUGAGGAGCUUCCGGCCCAGGGCGAGUGCCGAGGAGGUCAACUUCCUGCUGGUUGCCGUUCAGGACGCCUGCGAGACUUCGACUGGCAGACGUAUUUGGGCCUGCUUUGCAGCGAGCUUCCGCGCUCUCUUGCGCACCAGGCGAUCCUCCAGGCCCUCAGUCGCUUCGACGCGGAGAAUGCUCGAAAAUGCCCUGAGGGCUUUGCUGUCUCAAUGUUGGCCCUCUAUGCCACAGGAGCGUCAGAAUUUGAAGACCAAGUCAUUCGAUUCAAGCCAGAUGGAUCAUCCCACUUCUUGGUUCUGGCCUGGAAAUUUGAGAGAGGACGGGCAGCCCUGGACCAUUGGUCCACUUCGCUUCCUGCAAUCGUCCCGCUAGCACCACCGUGGCCAAGCUGGAACUUUCCUGGACCUCUCAAGCAUCUGCAGCAGGCGCAAGACCUGUCUCAACUCAAGGAGUUGCCUCCCUCGCUGCACUGCGACGAGAAAUCUUUGGCGUCGAUUGGCUGCUCGGAAGAAACCCCACUGCUCCAGGCCUUGUGCUCGCACUGCGAGACCAACUGGCCAUGUACGUACAGCGAAGGCCUUCUGCAGCUUUUGUCGCGGGCUGUGGAGGCCGUGCCGAAGCAGAUUCGUUCGGCGGAGAGCCCACAGAGGCCCCGGUGUGGGCACGCGCUCUUGGCGGCCUUGCUGGCCUUGAAUGGUCGCCGGUCAACAGCUGCAGUUCGCACGGACCCGGAGCUAUACCGAAUGAGCACUACCGCCAAGUUGGUUAUGCACAGCACCUUCAAACGGGUGGCACAGGAUCCAGAAAAAGCGUUUGUUUUCAACAUUCCCUUGAUGGACCUGUCGCCGUUUCCCUUCCACACAUCCCUGCUCCGCAGCGCUCGGUCAGACCGGCCCAAAAGCCUCUAUCAGGAUGCACUCAAGGCGGUUUCCCAGUCUCUCGAGCGCCGUGGCAUAGGCCAUGUUAUCGUGCCUGGAGAUGCCUCGAUGAUGUCAUCAACGACAGAUGGGGUCUGGUCCAUCUUUCUGCCAGCCUUGAGCGUGCUGCAAGCGAAUCUAAAGGAUUGGAUUGAAGCCGACCUCAACCGCGAGCUGCUCGGACGCUGGCGGCUGGUCCAUGUGUCUCGAGGCCUAUGGCAGAUCGGCGAGGAGCCGUACCGAUUCAGCCCAAGAACUGGCGUGGCUUUCCGCGCUUUCUGCCCAGACUGCGUCUAUGUGUCAUUGUACCUCUACGUGCAGGAGGAAGUGGGACAGUCUGUGUUUCCGCUAUCCUAUUGGAUGCCUUGCAGGCUGGGGCUUGCUCGCCUAUUUCCUGUACAGCGCAGGGAGGAGCUGCCUUUGGCCGCCGACCCGGCCUGGCUGCGCAGGGCCGCUGCUGUGGCAACAACUGCCGCCUGCAAAGCGGAGAGGACGAGGCUCAUCGGAUUGUUGCCACGGGUCGUACCGUGGCAGUUGGGGGAGGACCUGUGGGAAGACGAUCUGGACGAUGCUGUGAUGCCAGCCUUUGACAUGGCAGAUGGGACUCAUUCGGAUCUUGGCCUCUUUGACCUCAUGCGACAGCGAGAGGACAGUGAAUCGCCUGGGUUGCGUCGCUUCUCAGAUAAGGUGCUCUUCAAAACAUGGAUGCUACAAGAGGCGAUUCCAAUCGCGGAGAUCUUCCAUAUGUCAAACGAGUCGCCAGAUGUGCUUGCAGCACUGGGCAGUUUGAAGACGCAGCGCUUCGUGGUUAAGCCGACUCAUCUAGCUGCGACAAGCUACGUGUAUGUGAUGAAGGAUGGCAUCAACCUGGUGAAUGGCCAAAGUUUAAGCCACGAUGAGAUCAACUCUGGCUUGCGAGAGGCAUGGAAUGAAAGGCAUGUGGACGAUUGGGCAACAGAAUCAACUCGGCCUGGUGUGCUCAUUGAGGAGUUGGUUGAGAGCUCGGAGAAACAGGGGCGCACACCAGACGAGUUGAAGUGCCAGACAUUUUGGGGGAAGCUGUUCUUUUGUGAGUGGACCUUCGUCCAGAACAUGUCUUCGGGUGAGGAGGGCUCUGCCCGCUUCGAUGAUGCACACCAGCAGGGUGACAGAGCUCAGCCUGCUUUGGGACACCAGGCAUGUGGAAUUCCGAACUUUGCCUCAAACGGAUACAUCUUCCGGGACGGCAGCUGUCUUGACUGUGUUGCACCGCCUCCACUCACGGGCGAGGCUUGGAAGCGAAUGGUGUCGACGAUUGAAAAGAUUGCACAGGGCAGCGACCACAUCCGCAUCGAUGUGUUCGUGCCAGGAGGUGGCCGGUUUCUUGUGAACGAAGCCAACAUCAGUGGCUGGAAUGCAUCCGGGGGAUACGAUGAAUGGGUGUGGAAGCAAGGCUAUGCGGAAUACCCAAGCAACUUGACCAUGGGCGUGGUAGACGAUGUAUGCUGGUACGGCCGGAGGUGUGCAGACUGUGGCAGAGCACUGACAUUGGCGCUGAGUUACUAUGCAAGGUUGACCUGGGAUGCGGCAGCUGCCACAGUGGCUUUGCCAGCACGCCUGCCAAGAGAGCUUGAACGAGCACAGUCUGCUCCAAGCAUGCCGCGGCUACACGGCACCGAGGAGUGGCGCAGCUUCUUGGCUCCGGGUUUCGGUGCCGGAAAGACCCAAGGCAAAAUACAGGAUGCCUUCGUGCCAGACUCUCGUGACUACUCCAAGGAAGAGCUCCUAGCAACGCUCUUCACGCAGCCACGAGAUGCAGAAGGUGUCCCGCCACCGCUGGGCUCACUGCCUUUCCCGCGCCACUUGCUCUCGACCACGAUGCGCGAAGACUUCCGUGUCGACAGACUGGGUCAUGCCGUUCUGCAUCAGAGGCAUCACGGUGGCUUACCAGCACCAACCGUGCCUGAGGAUAGCUGGGCUCGUGGCUGGCGGAGCACCCAUGUCUGGACGGGGCGGAAGAAGGGGCUUAAUGCGCAAUAUGCAGACGGUGUCUGGAACCGGCUCGGGAAGUUCGUUGACCGCAAGUGA